AUGGGAGAAAAUGUGCAGAUUGAGGUUGUUGUAGAUGCAAAGACAGACUUGGGAGAAUCACCGACUUGGGAUGCCAGGAUUCAAAGACUGUACUUCGUGGACAUCAACUCGAAAAACAUCCAGUACUGGGAUAGCACGACCAAGAAUCAUGUUGUGAUCGAUGCCCUUGAAAUGGUUGGAACGAUCGCCCUCACAGCAGACACGAACACCAUUUUGGCUGCAAUGCAAAGGACGAUCGUUCCGGUGGAUGUGCAAGCCAAGACCUUCGGGAAGCCGUUGCUGACAGUCCCAGAGGAUCAUGGCGUGGACAGCAUGCGGUUCAACGAUGGAAAGGGGUCGCCUGGGGGUGCCUUCAUCGUUGGCAGGAUGCAUGCCAGCUGGCGCAAUGGAGAGCCCGGCAGACUCUACAGGGCGGAUGUGAAGACUGGGGAGCUGGAGGAUCUGAUGGGGCCUGAGGCAGUGGGCCUGCCCAAUGGCAUGGCCUGGGACACUGCCCGGCGGACCAUGUACUUUGUCGACACCUAUGCAGGAACUAUAUCGGCGUAUGACACAAACGAGGCCGGCGUGCCAGUGAAGGGGGCGGAUGGGAAGCUGCAGGGGCGAUGCAUCGUGAAAGUGCCACAAGAGGUCGGCAUCCCAGAUGGCAUGACCAUCGACCGGGAUGGAAAUCUGUGGGUGGCUCUUCCGGAGGGGUCUGCGCUGGGCUGCUAUGACCCUGCUACUGGGGAGCUGAAGCGAAAGGUGGAGCUGCCUGUGAAGAAGCCCCUGGCAUGCACCUUUGGGGGUCCAGACUUGGAUCAGCUGUUUGUGACAACGCGCGUUGAGAAGGGCGAGGGUGCAUCGGAGCUCUGGGGCUCCAUUCUAUCUGUCAAGGUUCCAGGUGUCACCGGAGUGGCUGGGGCGUACUUGGUCAACACCUGAGAUCAUUGCCGUAUUUCACAAGAAUCAUCUGAUCUUUCUGUUGCUGCAGUUUCUUUACAGCUUAGCCCUAUCAUAUAUUUGAGAUUAUAUUUGAGCCGCAGCAGUGACCUUCUCAGACCAUCUGAGAUGGCGACCCACAAGGUAUAUACACAUUAUAAUAUAAUGACGACUUGAAGGUCGGGUGUGUAACUCAUCGGGUGUGUAACUCAUCACACUUGGCAUCUUC